AUGGAUAUUUUAACAUUCACGUCACUUUUGAGUCUUAUUUAUUGUGGUUCAGUUAACGGCGGAGUAAACGACGACUACCCAAGCAGCGGGGAAGCCCCCUACAUCAUCGAGCAGCCGCUAGAUGUCACUGUAGCCAGACAUCAGCCAGCGACGCUGAACUGCAGAGCUGGUGGUUCUCCGCCCCCCACAAUCCAUUGGUAUAAGGGCGGUGUCCUGGUUGUAUCAGACACUCAUAGAAGUCUGUUACCUGCUGGAGGGCUGUUCUUUCUGAGGGCAACACAUGGCAGGGCGCACUCAGACGCAGGGGUGUACUGGUGUGAAGCGACCAAUGCUUAUGGUACAGCUAGAAGUAGAAACGCAACACUACAUGUUGCUGUACUUCGCGAAGAGUUCCGUCUCGAACCUGUGACCACGCAGACGGCUCAAGGAGAAACGGUUAUAUUAGAAUGUUUGCCACCACGGGGCUCUCCUGAACCAACGGUAUACUGGAAGAAAAAUGGUCAAAUACUACACUUUGACGGAGAUUCUAGGAUGCACUUGGUGGAUGGAGGUAGCCUUGUUAUUCAAGACGCGAGACAGACAGAUGCUGGAAGAUACCAGUGUAUUGCCAGAAAUGCAGCUGGUACUAGAGAAUCUACUACAGCAACUUUAAGAGUGCAUAUUAAACCGUAUUUGAUCGCGGGGCCCGAAGACGUCGUCGCUCAAACCGGCGGCAGCGUGACGUUCCAGUGCCGAGUGGGAGGUGACCCCUUACCUGACGUGUUGUGGCGCAGGACGGCGGGUGGGGGCAACAUGCCACUCGGCCGCGUCAAGCUCCUGGAUGACAGGAGCCUCAGGCUUGACGGCGUGGUUUUAGCAGACGAAGGGGAGUACACUUGUGAGGCUGACAAUGCAGUCGGCGCUGUCAGCGCUAGCGGUUAUUUGACUGUGUAUGAUCCGCCAAGCAUAACAUUAAAACCAAACUCGGUAAUUGUAGAAAGCGGAACAAGUGCCACCUUUACAUGUUCCGCGAAAGGCAAACCGGAGCCAACCCUUUUCUGGAGCUUAGAAGGAAAUAGAACAAUCAUAUUCCCGGGCAUGUCACGCGGAAAGUAUAACGCGUCGCCCAUUAUAGAUGGUAUCACAACAUUGACAAUAAACGGAACAAAUAAAAACGAUAGUGGCAAUACGAUAGUUUGUUCAGCGGUGAACUUCGCCGGCAGCGCGCUCGUUAGAGGAAAACUAACGGUGACGUCAGACGAUGACCGCCCACCUCCAAUAAUAACAAACGGCCCCUCUAACCAAACUUUACCUAUAGGGUCAAUGGCAGUCUUCCCCUGCACCGCGAUAGGUACACCUGAGCCGGUCAUUGCAUGGUAUUUUGACGGGGAAGCUCUAAUACAAAACCAUAGACGCAACAUUUCCAACGACGGCACCCUUAUUUUGAAGGAAAUGGACAGAAUCGACAGCGGAACUUACACGUGCGUCGCGUCUUCGCCUCACGGAAAGUACGUUUGGAGCGGCGUCUUGACCGUGGACAAUCCAAAGAAUCCAAAUAUUAAUUUCUUUAGAGCCGCCGAUGUAUCCGCUCUACCCGGGCCUCCGACGAAGCCCCACAUUCAUAAUAUAACAGAUAACAGCGUAACAAUAUCUUGGAAUCAAAAUAACAAAAUUGGAUCAUCCUCCAUACUCGGAUAUCAGGUUGAAGUAUUCUCGAGAGAGUCGCUAUCGGGAAGUAAUACGCCGCGAAACUCGAGAGGUUGGGUUAUUGUUGCUAAGAAAGUACAUCAAACCCACUACGUAGUUAGAUCUCUAAUACCCGGCAUCACUUACAUGUUCAUUGUGAGAGCGGAGAAUUCGCACGGCCUGUCGGGUCCCAGCCCUAUAUCCGAUUCGGUCACAGUAGGAGAGGACUCAUCAAUUUGGAACGGAUUAUUUUCAAACAAUACCGAGUAUAGGAAAAAUAUAAUGACAGAUAGUAUCGUCGAACUCAUAGAAGCGACACCGAUCGAUGCGACGACGAUAAAACUUAUGUGGGAAAUAUUAAACUUCUUCUACUUGGAAGGAUUAUUUAUAUACUUUAGACCCCUAGACAAUACGACGGCCGAGUACGAUAUGAAAACUAUUUUGCAUUCCAACGAUGUGUCUGGAUAUGAAAUAACGUCUCUACGAAAAUAUAUGAGAUAUGAGUUUUUCCUUGUACCGUUUUAUAAAAGAUUCGAAGGAAAGCCGUCUAAUUCUAGAAUAGCGCAAACAUUGGAAGAUGUACCAGAUGGGCCACCUACGAAUAUUGAAAUGUUUAUCGUGAACAUGACAACGGUUCAUUUAAAAUGGCAACCGCCGGAAGUUCAUCUGCAGAAUGGCAUCAUUACUGGUUACAAUGUAGUGGUUAAUUGGCUCGAUAUACCAGCAAAUAAGUCAAUGAUUGCAAUCAACACCACCGUCCAACAAGCGACCAGCCUCAUAAUGACAAAUUUAACGUCCGGCGUGAGCUAUUCAGUGCAGAUAGCGUCAGAAAACGUAAUAGGCUUGGGUCCUUUCAGCCAGAAAGUGUACCUUAAUAUUGACUCGAGAUCAAUAGGACUGGAUCCUUUGUCAAGAUAUCCGAACAACGGAGAAGUGUCCAUCGUAGCUGGAGACUUUGUACUGGAGUCGUGGUUUUACUUCUUGAUCGGAGCGAUUGUGCUUUUCAAAGUGAUUAUGAUAGCUGGAAUCAUUUACAUUCGGCGAAACAAUAUUUUCGCGAAAAAGUCUGCGCUCCCGAAUAUUUACGACUCUAAUGGGACAAGUUUGGUUACUCAAAUGAACAUAAAAGCAGCGGUAUCGUUGUCCCAUCCAUUAAGUAGUUGUUAUAAUAAAAACACGGUGACGAAAACGGAGUCAUUAUUGUGGAUGGAAAAUCAGCCAGGGCUGUGUAUGUCUAACCAAUCGAGUCAAAGUAAGGAGAAAACGAACUCUGAUUAUGAUAAAGUUGCUCAUCCUUUACCCGAAUAUGCUGAGGUCACCGCGUCCAGGGUUAAUGGGAACGAAUGGAAUACGAGCAAAACUGCCACGUCACCAGCGGCGUAUGCUUCCGUCACACUUGUAGCCAACACACGGCAGUGCGUCAGUUCUUUGGGUUGGUUUCCACCAGCUGGAAAGAACGUUGACAGCUUCGAUGCACGCUACGCACCAGACGAAGAACUAUAUCCAGCCAGUAACGGAGGUUACUACAAUAGAAACGUAUACAGCGAAAAAUAUUUCCAAGGCCACCCAAAUGUUCUUAAAUUUUACGACAUCCCAUCCUUAGAGAAAACACAAAAAGCACAAUUAAGGUACAACCAAAGUGUCGAUGAUAGGAAAAGUGAUAAAAACGUGAAUAUCGACGUAACACAGUCCUUGAUCGGACGGACAUACGGAGUUAGCUCGAGGAAGAAUUCUGAAACCGAGUCGACAUAUAGAGCGUUCGGUGAAGACGAAACAGAUGAUGAAAAUUAUGAUGAGAACGGUGGUUAUGAUGAACUACAAGCGAUGCAGCCUCAGAAGAGAGCCAAGCAUCAAUACGAGCGGCCUAAUUUCGACAACGACGGCACCCGAACACUAGCUAGGUUUACAUCGUUUAGACACACGAAUGCCAAUACUCAGUCUUCGCUCACAACUUCGGUUCCUACUCAUCCACGGGUCGAUUCAGUGACGCGGUAG